AGGACAAAACGUUAUAUGUGUCUUCUUCUUCUUCAGUUUAAAACAAAAACUUGUUUUCUUCAAACUAAUGAAAGGUUUCCAACUUUGAAUCAAGAACGAAACUUCCCCCCUUGUGCUUCUUCUACUAGCAUCAUCUGAGAUCUAAGGGAUUUGAUUCUACACCGCCAUCCAGAUCACGGAAUCACGUUCAUGCACUUUUUAUUAUUAUUCUUAUCAUUUUAAAAUCACCCUUGACUUCUCUCCUUCUUCUCCAGCAGAUCAGAACAAAAAAAAUAAAUAAAUAGAAACUUCAAAGUCGUUUGUUGUUUAUGCUCUUGAUUUGGUUUCUGCAACUUGUUCGAAUUCUUCUUCUUCUUCUCUGACCCUUCGUUGACUUCAAGGUCCAUGUUUUGGUAGCACCAGGGUAUGAGUCAUUGUAAAGUCCCGGCUCUAAUACAAGCACAAGUUGAAAUGGGUUCGGUUAAUGAACUUGAGCACAAAAGUCUAUUUAGAAAAGAAGAAGAUACCACGCAAACUAAAGCAGCUUCGUUGAUGGAGAAAGGAUCAUUUUCUCCAAGUUUCCGUGAACACACAACUAAAUCGCCAAAGAACAGUGUUCUUAGGAGCUUCAAGAUUGUGAUUUUAUCUAAUAAACUCAAUAUGUUAUUACCUUUCGGUCCUCUAGCGAUAUUGGUUCACUACAUGAUAGAUAGUAAGGGGUGGGUGUUCUUGCUGAGCUUAAUUGGGAUUACACCAUUGGCUGAACGUCUAGGAUACGCUACAGAGCAACUGGCUUUUUACACCGGUCCUACUGUUGGAGGACUUCUAAAUGCUACAUUCGGGAAUGUAACAGAACUGAUCAUAUCUCUUUUCGCUUUGAAAAACGGAAUGAUACGUGUUGUUCAGCUGACUUUACUAGGAUCCAUUCUUUCCAACAUGUUGCUUGUACUUGGCUGCGCUUUCUUCUGUGGUGGUCUAGUGUUUUACCAGAAAGACCAAGUCUUCGACAAAGGAAUUGCUGUUGUGAACUCAGGAUUGCUUCUGAUGGCUGUGAUGGGGAUACUCUUCCCUGCUGUUCUUCACUACACGCACAGUGAGGUUCAUGCUGGAUCAUCAGAGAUGGCCCUGUCAAGGUUCAGCAGUUGCAUAAUGCUUAUAGCCUAUGCUGCUUACCUCUUCUUCCAGUUAAAAAGCCAGUCUAAUUCUUAUACCCCUCUUGAAGAGGAAACAAAUCAGAAUGAAGAAGCUUCUGCUGAAGAUGAGGAUCCUGAGAUCUCAAAGUGGGAAGCUAUCAUAUGGCUCUCAAUCUUGACUGCUUGGGUCUCUCUUCUCUCUGGCUAUCUUGUUGAUGCCAUAGAGGGUGCAUCGGUCUCUUGGAACAUACCAAUAGCUUUUAUCAGUGUCAUAUUGCUUCCUAUAGUUGGGAAUGCAGCAGAGCAUGCAGGUGCUAUCAUGUUUGCCAUGAAAGAUAAAUUGGAUCUGUCCUUGGGAGUGGCUAUUGGUUCCUCUAUCCAAAUCUCCAUGUUUGUGGUUCCUUUCUGUGUGGUGAUUGGAUGGAUGAUGGGUGAACAGAUGGACUUGAACUUUCAGCUUUUUGAGACAGCUAUGCUGUUCAUCACAGUUAUAGUAGUAGCGUUUUUUCUCCAGGAAGGGACAUCGAAUUACUUCAAAGGAUUGAUGCUCAUUCUUUGUUAUUUGAUAGUAGCUGCUAGUUUCUUUGUACAUGAAGAUCCUCAUGAAGAAAGAUGCUAA